UUCCUACUACGGUGUCUCGAGUGGGUCAGUUCGCCCAUUGUUAGGCGUUUUCAUUAUUUCCCUUUUCCUCAAAUGACGAUGGGUGAUAUGAUAUAUGAAGAACUGGAGGAUUUGAUGCAUUUUUCAGUCCACGAUUUACCAGGUCGUGGAUAUGCUGUUAUGGAGGAGAUCAGAAGGCAAGGGAAACUCUGCGAUGUCACCCUGAAGGUUGGAGACCACAAGUUCAGCGCCCACAGGAUUGUUCUGGCUGCCUCCAUCCCUUACUUCCAUGCCAUGUUUACAAAUGACAUGGUAGAGUGCAAGCAAGAUGAGAUUGUAAUGCAAGGGAUGGACCCUAGUGCACUUGAAGCUUUGAUCAAUUUUGCGUAUAAUGGCCAUGUGGCCAUCGACCAGCAGAACGUCCAGUCCCUGCUGAUUGGAGCCAGCUUUUUGCAGCUGCAGAAUGUCAAGGAUGCCUGCUGCUCCUUCCUCCAGGAAAGACUUCACCCUAAGAACUGUCUGGGCGUGCGACAGUUUGCAGAGACCAUGAUGUGCACAACACUGUACGACGCGGCCAACAGUUUUGUCCACCAGCACUUUGUGGAGGUGUCCGUGUCUGAGGAGUUCCUCAGUCUCAGGCCAGAGGAAGUACUGGAGCUGGUGGGUUGUGACGAACUCAACAUCAAAGCGGAGGAGCAGGUGUUUGAAGCAGUUCUGGCGUGGGUGCGGCAUGAACGUGAGGAGCGGGAACCUCGGCUCCCUGAGUUACUCUCCAAGACCCGUCUGCCCCUUUGUCGACCCCAGUUCUUGGCAGACCGCGUUCAACAGGAUGAACUGGUGCGCUUUUGCCACAAAUGCAGGGAUCUUGUUGAUGAAGCGAAGGAUUUCCACCUCAUGCCAGAGCGCCGUCCUCACCUGCCCGCUUUUAAGACUCGACAAAGAUGCUGUACUUCAAUCGCAGGGCUAAUAUAUGCAGUCGGUGGACUAAAUAGUGCAGGUGACUCAUUGACUGUAGUUGAAGUAUUUGACCCAAUUGGAAGUUGCUGGGAACGCUGUCAGCCAAUGAGUACAGCUCGAAGUCGAGUGGGUGUGGCAGUUGUCAAUGGGUUACUUUACGCAAUCGGUGGAUAUGAUGGACAAUCACGGCUAAGCACAGUGGAGGUCUAUAACCCAGAAACGGAUACUUGGACAUGUGUUGCUAGCAUGAACAGUCAACGCAGUGCAAUGGGAACAGUGGUGGUUGACGGACAUAUCUAUGUGUGCGGGGGCUAUGAUGGCAAAUCCUCACUCAACUCAGUAGAGUGCUACUCUCCAGAAGCCAACAGGUGGACAGUAAUGACAGAGAUGAGCGCAAGUCGCAGUGCAGCAGGGGUGACUGUUUUUGAUGGGAGGAUUUUUGUAUCUGGUGGUCAUGACGGUUUACAGAUCUUCAAUACGGUGGAGUACUACAACCAGCACACAGCUCUUUGGCACCCCGUUGCUGGCAUGAUGAACAAGCGCUGUCGCCACGGCGCUGCAGCCCUUGGCAGCCAGCUCUAUGUGGCGGGGGGUUAUGAUGGUUCCGGGUUCCUCAGCGGGGCCGAGGUGUACAGCUCAGUGGCAGACCAAUGGAGCCACCUGGUGGCCAUGAACACACGGCGCAGCAGAGUCUCCCUGGUGGCAAACUGUGGCAGGCUUUACUCCGUGGGUGGCUAUGACGGACAAUCCAACCUGAGCUCUGUAGAGAUGUACGACGCCGAGACCAACCGCUGGACAUUCAUGGCACCCAUGGUGUGCCACGAGGGUGGGGUGGGUGUUGGUUGUAUACCCCUUCAGCCUGCUUAACCCCUACCAUCCCCAAAAGCCCAAAGACUUUUAGAUUUUUGUAAAUUAAUUUUUAAAUCAAUUAACAAGAAAAAGGUAUAACUGUAUGUUUCUGUAUACCGGGUAAAACCGUUUGAUUUAUUUACGUCUGGUUUAGCCAAUGUACCAUUGAAAGGUUUAUAAUGAGAAUGUUCAUAGGGCAUUAGUACAUGAGUAAACAUAUAGGAGCGACAAUAAAUUAACUUGUAGCGAACAAGUAGAUUGAGAGAGCGAUGAAUGAAUAGCAGGAUAAGUGUGGACUUGUAUCGUAUGAUAUGUGCAUCAGACUUUACAACCUUGAAGUGAUACUUCAUACCAGAAUCGGUCCCGAAUGUUACUAUCACUAUCAAUGUCUGCACCAUUGUACUGAGGAUUGAGUUGCACUAUCUGAUCUGGAGGCCUUGUCAUGGUUUCAUAAUACGGUACAGGUUUCACAAUGUUGGUGAAUUUCUUUGUGUUUUGGGAAAAUAGGUAUUAUUUUGAUUGGGAUCAUUUGCUUAUGAAUAUUAUUAUAAAGUAACUGACCACCAUAACUCCUUGCCCUUUGGUUGUGGGAACUGUUUUCCCAACAAGGAUCUUAGCAAAAGGGAGCUGAAGAACUGUCUUCCGGUUGAUUGCAUUACGAUGCCACAACACCAAGUUGUAUAGCAACUUGAUAACCCUUCAAAUUGUUUAAACAAAAUGAGCAACACAUGAGGUGCGUUCAACAGAGGAAAUGGUUUGCUAACAUCUUCCAUUUGUCUUCUGUUAGCUGCGAAAGUUCGCUAACAGUGUGAGAAGGUGGUAGUGUGCUGCGAAUGUAAAAUAUCUGUUUCGAGUCUAAACUGCCACCACCUAGGCUUUCUAUUACAUGUAGUAGGAAUAGGAAAGUCAUUUUCAGUUUGAUUCUCAUUGCUAAACUGUCAUGGAAAUCCUUGCAAACAUUUAGCUUUUGAAUGUUUCACCUUAACUUUCAUUCAAAAUCGUUCAACUGAAAUUGUUACUAAGUAACGUGUUCAUCACAAACGGAACCCUUGUUGAACCCACCUCUGUUCAAAGUGCAAUUUCAUCUUUUAUUAUAAAAUAGUAUGGGAGAACUUAAGUGGCUAAAAAAUGACGAAGUGUGCUUUUGAAGAGUGGAGACGAUGCACAGCGACGAUCUCGCUGCAAAUGUUAUGCUUUAUUACCCAAAAUAUUGAAUAUGUCAAAAGCAGACUGUCCAGCACAUUUAGGGCGCAUUCCAGUAACAUUCUGAUUUAUAUAUUUUUUUUUUGCAUCUGCCACUGGUAACGUUGUGUGGGAGCUUGCCGUUCCCUUGGAACAACAGUGGCAAACUAUUUUAAGAAUGAGGUAUUGUGUAAUGUAAUUGAAAAAUGGAUUGUACAGUGAGAUGUAGUAUUGCUUUAUAGACUUGUUUGUCAGACUUUAUCUGCUGCAUUUGUCGCGAUUUAAAUAACUUUCAUUUGGGAUUAAUUACUGUGAACUUUUGACAUGUUGAUGUUUAGCUUAUUUCUGCUGAUGUUCUGGUAAUAUAUUACACACACAUUUUAUAUAUAUAUAUAUUUUUUUGGCAUUAUUAUGUUUGCAGUAUUCUUACUGCUCUUCACUUGGUACUGUCUGGUCCCAGGCUACAAAUUGUAUUUAUUAGUGCAAUUUUUUUUGUUGUUUCUUGAUUCUUAACUUUAUGAUUAGUACUACUAUCACACAUAUGUAAGCUUGAAGGGAUAGUGAUUUUCUUUAAUGACUUCCCUAGGGUGUUCUUGCCUCCAAACUGUUUAUGAAUUUGUUAGCAGUUCAUUUAGCAACGUCGAGAAUAAUCUGACUAGCAUUUCGGGAGAAUGUAGGAUUCUAUCCGUUAGUAGGGCAUUCAAAACCAUUACAAUUGGUGCAAGUUGAGUUGCAGACAUUUAAAAAAAUAUAUAAACAGGGACAUCACAUUGAGACCAUGGCCUCUUUAUAAGGGAGCACUGCACACAAUCAUAUAAAUUCCCAAUAUUUACAAUUGCAACGCAAUAAAAACAUACCAAAUUUACAAGUAACUUACAAAACACGAUCAUGGAAAAACAAACACAUUCCUCAGUAAAAAGGUAAAUCAACCAGAACUGAACUGCUCUAGUGGCACCAAAACAUCCAACCUUAGAGAGUUCUGGAGAUCAUUCCACAAGUAAGGUGCAAAUAAACUAAAUGCAGAUCUACCUAACUUAGUGGACAGCGAAGGACUCUCCAGAGUUAGCCAUAUUUGAGACCGGGUCUGGUAGCUCGUACAUCUUUAGAUUACGAUGAAGUAAGGUAUGGCAGAUGUUUGUGUAAGAGAGCUUUAUAAACACAAAUAUUGCAAUGCGUUGAUCUGAGUAUUCAAAGAGGGCCAGCUUACUCUCUGAUACAGAAAGCAGUGAUAUGUACGGAACCUGUCACCUGUAAAUAAAGCGCAGUGCGCUAUGAGUAACUGCG